UUUAGUGACUCAUGGUACAACAAAUUGUUCACCACUCAAAUUACAAAAGCAUUAUUACACUAAUUCUUUUUCCUCUCUUUCCCCCUUUUUUUCUCACCACCGUUGUCUUUGGUAGGUCGCACUACCGUCAUGAGCCAUUACGAAGGUGAAGACUCACCAAUGAAGUUGCAAAUGACAAAUAUUGGUAUCAUUAGUAGUCUAGCACCUUCUCUUAGAUGACCCCCUCCUAGGCUCCUUCUACACCUUCUUUGGUAUCUUCUCCCCCCCCCCCAUCUCCCGAUUUGAAAUAGGGAUGACAAAGUGAGCCUACACGGCGAAUUAGAAUAGCAAAAAAGUGGGUUGAGUUGAGCUGACUCACUUUUUGGUGUUUGAAUUGAAAGUCUUAUCCAAACUAUAUUAUGCUAGUCUUUUCAGCAUGUCAUUGGUGCACAGUUUGAAAGUGUUUUUUCUCUUGUCCUAGUAUCAUUUAUUAAAAAAAAAACCAAACCUUAUAUUUUUUAGGCAGGUCAAAUUUAUUUAUGCAAAAUUGAACUAGACCAUCUUAUUUCAAGGUCAUAAACUCAAGGGAAUCUAAUGAAAAAACAGAAGUCAUACUUUGGGCCAUACGAAGGUGAAGAUGAACAACAAAAUGCGACCACAGUCAUCGUAUUCCAGUUUCUUCUCCUCACUGAAACAGGUUGAAAAGAGGUUAAAGUUAGAUAGCACACAACCGCCACAAUCUGAACCGCCAGAAGAAUGCAACUUCACACCAAAAGGUUCUUUGACUUUGAAUUCACCCAUGUUCCUGCACUUGGACCAAACCAGUUGCUCCCACACUCGUCCCACCCAAGAAGAUAGCUCUGAACCUCCUCAUGCAUUCCUCUCUGUUUCCCAAGAAUUCCCACCAACCCAUCACAACCAUCCUCAAACUAGUCCUUCUGAUCACCUCAGGAUUGAAGAUGAUGAUGGUGAUGAUGAUGUUGAUGUUGAUGAUAUUGAACAGUUAAUGAAGCUCUUGGGCCUGUCAGAGGAACAAAAGUGUGGUUUGGAGGAUGUUGGUGAUGAAGAGGAUGAUGGUGGUGGUAAUUCUUGUCAUUGUGAAGGUGGGUUUUAUUCAAAGAUUGUUGGUGUGGAAGGGCCAAAGUGUAGGAAGGAGGUGUUGAGGUUAGAUGGGUGGAUCAAGCAUUUCCUGAAUGGUGAUGGGGUGGAGAAGCUAGAGCCUUUCAGAUUGGCACACAUGCUUUUAGGGAAAGCUGCUUUCAUUUCUGAGGGUGCUGAUGGUGGUUUUGAAGGCUUGGAGUUUCCUUCAACCAUUCAAGAAUAUCUUCAUACUGAUCCUCCUAGUAAUUGAGGCAACCUUGCUGUUUCUUUUCUCAGUUGUUGUUACCCUUUGCUGUUUUGCUUCAUGAUAUUCUUCUCUCUGACUGUUAUUUGUGAAUGCAAUCAGUUUGUUGAAAUUGGAUCGCUUAGUCUUCCUACAUUGUCCAUUUUUAUGUGAAUAGAUUCAAAGUAAAGAAAUCUGAAAUCUGGAACUGAAACUGUAAUUGUUCAUCUUAGAAGGAUAAAGAAACUUCAGGCCAUAACUCCGAUCCGUUGCCAGCUAUCUUUUGAACUUUUUUACUUGGUUCCUCGGAGUUUUGGGGAUGAAGAAAGUUUUAAAAUGUUACUAUGUUACUAUUUUGUACAUCCUAGUUUUUCAACAAUGGAGAUUUGAAUUAUAUUGUUCAUACUAUGAACAUAGCAGAAACUUCAGAGAAUUUAUGACCUCUAAUAGAAAACUUGGACCUUUUUGCAUGUUCCUUGGAAUGCUGGGCAGUUAAACUUGAAAGUGACCUGUUAUUUCUCAUUCCACAUUAUCUUCUCAUUCUCCAACCAUAUAAGAGAGAAAAUUUGAUUGUAUACUGAAAAUGUGAAAAGGGCAUGGGAUAGAUCCUGGGUAGUUAAGAUCAUAGGAUAAGUAAAGAGAUUAAAUGCUUACAUUAGGUUGAGGGGACUUGCUUCAGUGGAUAGUGUGAUUUUCAGUUCAUAGUUUUGCUAAUUUGCCUAUUUUCUUUUCA